CAGCGGCUGCUUCCACCAAAACCCAUCCAACCGGAAGCUUCCUCUUUUCUCUGUUUUUCUUUUAUUACAGAAAUCCUAAUACAACUUAAAGAUUAUAGCGUUUCCAAUCUUAAUUAUGAAAUAUUUCUGAGUGAAUUUCGAAUUUCUGUGAAGGCGAAUUGCUUCCUCCUUUUAAAACCUUCUCUUUUACCGGUUCUUCUUCAUUGAACAAACCCAAAACCUCCACGUCUUCAUCACAUAAAUAGCGAAUGAAACCUUCGGAAAAGAAGGCAAAAAAUUUGAAAAAAGAAAAAAAAAAUCCCAAAUUUCCGUUCCUCUUUUCUCAUUCGACUUGGAGUUCAUGGCCUCGUCUAUGUUGCUCGUCAUCCUCAUCUUUGCAUGCUUCUCUGCUUCAUGUGCGGAGGUUCUGUUCCUCCCCCUGAAACACUCCCUCGCUGGAGCUCGAUUCAACCGCACCCCCCACCAUCUCCUGAAGUCGACCGCUGCUCACUCUGCUGCCCGCUUCCACCGCCACCACCAGCACCGCCACCUCUCAUCAUCCACUGCCCAGCAGCAGGUCUCCCUCCCUCUCUUGCCGGGCAGCGACUACACCCUGUCACUCACCGUAGCCUCCCGCCCUCCGCAGUCGGUUUCUCUGUACAUGGACACCGGCAGCGACCUCGUGUGGUUCCCCUGCUCCCCCUUCACCUGCAUCCUCUGUGACGGCAAGCCGAAGCCCAAACCCGCCACCCUCAACUUCUCAUCAUCCACCGCGUCUACUGUCUCCUGCCAGUCCGCCUCCUGCUCGGCCGCCCACUCCUCCACCUUGCUCCCGUCGUCUGACCUCUGCGCGAUUGCGCGGUGCCCUUUGGACUCAAUCGAGACUUCUGACUGUGACUCUUACCCCUGCCCGCCAUUCUACUACGCCUACGGUGAUGGCAGCUUCACUGCCCGCCUCCACCGCCACACAGUCUCCAUCCCCAUGUCCUCUCCGCCGCUCGUCCUCCCGAACUUCACGUUCGGAUGCGCCCACUCUGCCCUCGGUGAGCCUGUUGGGGUGGCAGGGUUUGGCCGUGGAGUCCUCUCCUUGCCGGCCCAGCUGUUGAAGUUGUCACCUCAGCUGGGCAAUCAGUUCUCUUACUGCCUGGUGUCGCACUCUUUCGAUGCGAACCAGGUUAACCAGCCCAGUCUGCUCAUUCUAGGCCGGUCCAAGUCUAAACAGAAGAGCUCGGGCUCCGGCAGUAGAGGAGGAAUCAAAUUUGUAUUCACUCCGAUGCUGGACAACCCGAGACACCCGUACUUCUACUCUGUCGGGCUCAUGGGAGUCUCCGUGGGGAAGAAGAAUAUUCCGGCACCGAUAUUCUUGACAGAAAUCGAUGGGAAGGGGAAUGGUGGGAUGGUCGUGGACUCGGGGACUACCUUCACUAUGCUGCCGGCGACUCUGUACAAUGCCGUUGUGGCCGAAUUGGACUACCAACUCGGGCGAGUCCGCAAACGGGCCAAGGAAAUCGAGGCCCAAACUGGACUCAGCCCGUGUUAUUACAUUGAUGACAAGGCGGCAAAAUCGGACGUGCCAAACCUAUCACUGCAUUUCGCCGGGGAUGGCAAAAGUUCCAGUAUGGUGCUACUUCCCCGAGCCAACUACUUCUAUGAGUUCGUGGACGGUAGCAGCGGACCGAGGAAGGGCCGGACAGUGGGGUGCUUGAUGAUAAUAAACGGGGGAGAUGAGGCCGACCUGGCCGGUGGGCCCGGGGCGAUCCUUGGGAACUACCAGCAGCAGGGCUUUGAGGUGGUCUACGACCUGGAGAAGAAGCGGGUCGGGUUCGCGCGGCAGCACUGCUCUUCCCUCUGGGACAACCUUAAACAGCGGUAACGGGGGCGCGGGCAUUGACUUCCGCCCCUGGUCAAAGCCUCCCUCGGGGCUUUGAAGGUUGAAAUUUGGGCCGCACGUGUUGAAGUGUCUGGUAAUCGGAGGAACUGGCAGUUUUCUUUUUUUGGGAUUAUUGUUGCAUUUGCACUUCGAUUUUUGCAGCAUUGAUUUUUUCUUUUUUCUUUUUUUGGCAUUUAUAUUUAUUAUAAAUCGUGAAUGUACAUAGAAAAAGUCGAUAUUUCCUUUCCCAUCCUUUAUGCUGCAAACAUUGAAGUGCAAAUGCGCUUUGGCCAUUUGUGAUGUAAAUGUGAAAUUAUUAGUCCAAGUGAAUAAACAGAUUCCUUCGUU